AUGUUUGCAUUCUCAAUAACAAAUACUGCUAUUACCAGUACCACUACUACUCACAUUACUACUACUGACUCUACAGCUACUACUACUACUACUACUACUACUACUACUACUACUACUACUACUACUACUACUACUACUACCACUACUACUACUACUACUACUACUACUACUACUACUACUACUACUACUACUACUACUACUACUACUACUAAUACUAAUACUAAUACUAAUACUAAUACUAAUACUACCACUACUACUUCUAUUAAUCGAAUAACAAACGUCCAACUUUCUCCCUACUUCCAAUUUCAAGAUAAUAACCGGUUGAAAUGA